CUACAUAAGCAUUCCAUCCGGGGGAUUUAAAUGCAGUAUGGCUUUACUAUAGCUAGCUAGCUGCAUGUCUACAGUUUUUAAGGUUGCAACCUGCGCAGGCUGUUCAAGAGUUUUAGAUAUCUAGAUCUAUAUCAUGGUUUCGUUCAAAGAUAUCCUAAUUGUGUACUUCAAUCUCUUUCUGAGCAGUUACACAACUGCCCAGCUUGCGGGACCGAGUUGUAUACCAGAAGGCACGAACGUAGUCAGCUACGAGUGUUCUGUGGACGAUCCAACACUGAAUGGUGCUACAAUAUGGCAGGGAACUGCCUUAAAUUGCUCAACUCGCAGCAUUGUCCUAAGGCACUCCGAAUACAACACCACAGGAGCUAAUGACACUUGUGGUAGUCUGUCUGCUGCAAGUGUCAGCAUCAACAGGACAAGAUUCACUUCAAGGCUGACAUUCUUAGCUAUACAUGUAACAGAAUUGGACGGGAAAAUGCUUAACUGCACAUUAAAUGGCACUGCACUGCUGCCUGGCUCUGACAUGAUGCUGAUAAUAAAAGUUGGAGGCAUGACUUUUUCUAUUUCCACAGUAAGGCCAUCACCCCCUGAGGGAAUCAAUAUCACAGGCCUGCUAGAUUCAUCAGGUGAAACACGGCUCAUCGUCAGCUGGUCCCCACCCGCUCAGUCUGUAGAGGGAGAGGUGGGAGGAUAUGUGCUCAUUGUGAGUGGCGAUGGUGGGGACUGUGGAUGUGUGAGUAUGAAUGUCAGUGCAGACACUACCAAUGUAACAUGUUCAGGAAUCAAUGGUACCGGACAAAUAUGUUCAUUUGAAGUUAGAACUAUUUCAAUAGACUGUGGACUCACAAGUGAUUAUAUUACGGAGAGUAUAGAACUCCUUCUACCACCACCUCCGACGAAUAUAGGAGUUUUUUCAUCGUAUCAAGUAGAAGGGAGCAUUCGGUGUAUAAUCGUAAAAUUUACUGGUGUACAAACUCCUAACAUAUUCUACAUUGUGACAGUUGGACGACAUCGAUCCUUCUCCAUAAAUUCAUCAUCAUGCAAUACAGCUAACACUUGCAUUCUUACAGAUAUACAUAGGCAACCUCUGAUAUCAGAGGACUUUUUCAACAUUACUGUUUCGGCCUGUAACAAGUUAGGGUGUGGAGAUGUGGAAAUAUUCCCUACACAGUUUCCUGCUAACGCAGUUACCCACAAUCUCUUUCAAAUACACCCAGAAAAUAGAACAGUACUUUGCAAUUUCCUGAGCUCAUUUACUCCACAACCCAAUACUCGUUGCUUGGUAACUUAUGGUAAUUCACCUCAUGAUUGUUAUCGCUAUAACGAUUAUCGUAAAUUAUCCAUCAGCUAUCCAGGUGAUACCUUGACAGUUCCAAUUACUGAAAAUCUGCAGUCCGGAGUUGAAUAUUGCUAUAGCAUUUCCUUGGCAUACAAACAAACUUCACUCAGUGUUAAUGGUGUCUUUAAAUAUUUGAUUUGUGACCCAUCAGAAUUGAACGAUGCUGGAGAAAUUUCUACAAACAUGACAGGUGGGGUUGUUAACAUUCAAAAUGGCAUCAUCAGUUUCAGUGGAAUAGGGGUAGGCUCAACGGCUGAAGUUACGUGCGACAAAGGCUCUUUCUUAAAAGGGUCUAAGGUCAGGAAUUGCACUUACAAUGGAGAGUGGAGUGGCAAUAUUCAGAUAUGUGAGAUUGAGCCAUCGGUACCAGACAACCGUGUACUAGUCAGUAUUACAGUCACUGCUUUCGUCAUGAUCGUAUUGCUUUGUCUGGGAGUCUUUCUGACAGGAAUAUUUUACAGAAAGAAAUACAUGUCUUCGAAAGGGUCGAAUAGUGCAUGUGCUUUAACCUUAGAAAAAGAAGAUUACAAUGUGGACAAUCAGACUGUAUUCGAGCUCAAUGGUGCAAGUAACAUGGAAGCAGUUCACAGCCUAGGACAGAAAAAAGAUAAGCAACUAGUACCAGGGAUGAGUGAAGGGUCGAUAUUUGGCGAAGUACACAAACCAUUUGUGGAUAAAAAAUCAGUAGAUCUAGUAUCUGCACAUGGAAACACCUAGUUAACCUAUCAAGAGAAAGACAUUAAAGAUUUUCAGAAUUAUACCAUCGAUCUAUUCUCAUUAAGUUCAGAUACGUAAAUGUUUUUAUACCUUGAACUGAAAAGAAAAUCACCCACUAGACUAUUAGCUAACCUCAUAUACAUGUAGUCACAUGCAUACUGUAGAAUAACAUGUACAAUCAGUGUUAUUAAGCGAAAAAGGUGACAUUAAACUGUUGCAUCUCAAUAUACCUAUCGAUCGUACUUUCAUUCCAUUUAUACAUUGUA